GUCAUGAAUUUUUAUGGUCAUCUUAUUAUUGAACGAGCUCAAAAUAAUCCUGACAUAUAUCCGCCAGUUCAUGUAGUAAAUACAUUUUUCUACACGAAACUAAUGCAAAAUGGAUUCGGAGUUGUAGCAGGAUGGUUCACCCCACGGCCAAAUAAAAAGAAAAAGGCACCACCACCAAAUUUCUUUGAUAAAGAUUACAUAUUCAUACCCAUUAAUACAGGUGCGCAUUGGACUUUAGCCGUGGCGAACUUCAAACUACGUAGAUUCGAGUACUAUGAUUCUAUGGGCUCAGGAUUUAACCUACGUUUUAUUCAAGAACUGAGGGAGUUCUUUAUAUAUCUGGCCAAACAAACUAAUAAUCAGCAUUUCAAGUUUGCUGAGUGGGGAGUCUAUGAACCGAGGAAAAGAACUCCACAACAGAACAAUUCAUACGAUUGUGGAGUGUUUGCAAUGAUGACAGCGGAGCACAUUAGCCGGAAUGCGCCUUUAUCAUUUUCACAAUCAAAAAUGGGAUAUUUUAGAACGAAAAUGAUAUAUGAGAUUAGCACAGGAAGUAUAAUGGAUGAAAAUGAAAAUGUAGAGGUUGAAGACGAAGAUAGUUUUGAAGAGCACUUAGAAAAUAUGGGACAAGUUACUUUAAAAAUGGCCCAAACCGAAGAAAUGAAGUCUUUAUUAAGUAUGAGUUAUAUUUCAUACUGUAUAUAUAAUUGCAGCAGUAAAAAUAAUAUUGAAAUUGAUGAAAUACUUUGCGAUUUCGUAGUAGUAGAACACAUUCAAGUUCAGGCAGCUUCUGUACGACAAAGCGAAAGAAAAUUGUCGAAAG